AACACGUGUUUGUUUACUUGAUGAUUUGAUUCCACAACUUUGUUUCAUCAUGUCAUGUAGUGGCAUAAAUUUUCCACCAAUUCUAAUGUUUAUUUGUUGAUGUGUUAUUCUUUUGGUAUUAAUCAAGAGAUUGUGCUUCCUGUUUGAUAAUUGCGUGAAACUGAUUUUGACAUUGAAAAUCUGUCAUAUUUUUGUAAAGGCGAAUUUGGUAACCUGGUAUGGGAGUUAUGACUGUUUCUAGUUCAGUUGCUAGGACUCCAUUGGGAUUGAAUACAAAGUUUUCAGGUCAUCAUUUUGGACUGAAGAGACCUUUAACUGUGGCAUUUAAAGGGGAUAAACAAAAUGACACAUCUUUGGUUGCAACUCAAGAGAAAAUUCCAAUGCACGUUGAAACGGCGAAGGCGCAGAAGAAAAGGAAUGGAAAAACUAACAAGAUACCAAAGAGAGAGAGAGUUCUCUUUGCUGAGGAAAGUUCUCCAUCUUCCUUGGAUGUGGACUACAAUGAAGCUGCUGCUAUACUUGAAAAUAUAUACAAACUCAGUCCUGCAUCUGAUACAUGUAAUAAAGAAUGUAUAGAUGGUAAAAUCAGAAGAGUCUCUAGGAGGGGGAAGAAGAUUGGUGAUGAGAGUAAAGGAAAGGAGGAGUUCAGCAAUGAUAGGGUGGUUAGAAACCAGAACACCAAAGCCAAACGAUUGAACCUUGAUGAGAGGAUUGCAUUGAAAAUGAAAAAAAUUGAGGAUGAAGUCAUUCCAACUCGAAAGAGACGAAAUGUUAGGAAUAGAAUUGAGAAGAUUGAGGAACUUGUUAGGGAAUAUUCUGUGUCAAUUGAUUUUGUCAGUUUGGACUGGAAAAAAAUGAGAAUACCUCCAGUUCUUUCUUCUUCAGAGCAUGCUUGGUUAUUCAAAUUGAUGCAACCAAUGAAGGCACUCCUUCAGGUGAAAGAAGAUUUACAGAAGGAGCUAGCUAGAGAACCUACAGAUGGUGAACUAGCUGAUGCAACAAACAUGAGCAAUGCUCAAGUAAAGAAAGUAAUAGAGGUUGGUCAUGCUGCAAGAAAUAAACUCAUAAAGCACAAUCUCCGCCUUGUCUUGUUCGUGAUCAACAAAUAUUUUUCAGAUUUUGCUAGUGGCUCUAGGUUUCAAGAUCUUUGUCAAGCAGGAGUUAAGGGACUUAUAACAGCAGUUGAUCGCUUUGAGCCAAAUAGGAGAUUUCGGCUAUCAACAUAUGGUUUGUUUUGGAUAAGACAUGCUAUCAUUCGUUCGAUGACUCUCUCAAACUUCACCCGUAUUCCUUUUGGACUGGAAUCAGUUAGAGCAGAGAUCCAAAGAGCUAAAACUGAGUUGGCAUUUGAGCUUCAGAGGUCACCAACAGAGGAAGAGAUAAUAGCAAGAGUGAGUAUAUCACCUGAAAGAUACCGUGAUGUAUUGAAGGCAUCAAAGCCCAUUCUUUCGCUAAACUCAAGACAUAUAACCACACAAGAGGAAUUCAUUAAUGGGGUUGUUGAUGAUGGUGGUGUUGAUGGUGAUAAUAAGAGGCAACCUGCUCUACUAAGGCUUGCUCUUGAUGAUGUGCUUGAUUCCCUGAAGCCGAAGGAGAACUUGGUGAUCAGACAGAGAUUUGGACUUGAUGGGAAGGGUGACAGAACGUUGGGAGAAAUCGCAGGGAACUUGAACAUAUCUAGGGAAAUGGUAAGAAAGCACGAAAUCAAAGCUCUAAUGAAGCUCAAACAUUCGGCUCGAUUGGAUUAUCUUCGUCGUUAUGUUGUAUAAAUGACAAAUGUAUAGAAAUAUUUGUGCCAUGGUAGUCCCACCUUGCCUAGUUAUACAGUAUAGGAUAAUUUGUAUAACUGGUCAUUGAAAUACCCAAAAUCAUUAUAUAAUCAUGUAAUUUGUAUAUCAUAUACUUGUAAUUACACAAAGUAUAUAACUUCCUAUACAUGUUACAUACAUGUAAUGCGUCUUCCUUUAAACAAUCUACAUUCAUUAUACAAUAUUUGCCAAGGCUACUCCUUCCUAUCUCUUAUUACAGUUGCAUAAUAAU